UUGCUAAAUGUCACAGACAAGCCGAUACGCCCAAUCAUCAACCACCCCUUGGUCUCCAACCAACUAGAACACAGUGACCUAGCAGGCCAAUCACAACGAUUGUCUUAUGGCUGGAGCUUCUUUACCUGCCUGGGCUCUAAGAGCAAUAAAAAAGAGAUGAUAUGAGAUGGUUGCACUCUGCAUAUCCAGUUGGAUGGACUCCAGCCAAAUAUGGCAUCUGAAAUCUGCCAGACCAUCUCCGUGGCUAAGACGGAAAGGCACAAAAAUCUGUUCUUAAAUUACCGGAAUCUCAACCAUUUUCCUAUAGAGCUGCUAAAAGAUGAGGGGCUGCAGUAUCUUGAAAGACUUUACAUGAAAAGAAACUCUUUAACCACUCUGCCAGAGAAUCUUGCCCAGAAGCUUCCAAACCUUGUUGAAUUGUAUCUUCACUCAAAUAACAUUGUAUUUGUCCCAGAAGAAAUUGGUUCCCUGGUGAAGCUCCAGUCAUUGGACCUAAGUGACAAUGCUUUGGAAAUACUGUGUCCUGAUAUUGGAAGACUUAAAUCGUUAAGACAUUUACGGCUGACAAACAACAGGCUGAAGUUCCUUCCCCCAGAAAUUGGGAAGUUGAAGGAACUUCAGACACUAGAUCUUUCUACAAAUCAUUUGGUUACUUUGCCAGAGAAGUUACACCUAUGUCAGUCGCUACAGUUUCUCACAGUAGAUCGGAACCUCUUGUGUAGUGUCCCACGGCAACUCUGCCAGCUGGCCAGCCUCAAUGAACUCUCCAUGGCAGGCAACCGUCUUGCAUCUCUACCACUUGAUCUUGGAAGAUCUCGGGAGCUGCAGUAUGUGUAUGUGGAUAAUAAUAUUCAACUGAGGGGCCUUCCAUCGUACCUGUAUAACAAAGUGAUUGGCUGCAGUGGUUGUGGUGCUCCCAUCCCUGUCUCUGAACCAAAGCUGCUUUCCUUCACCACAGGACAACUAAGCGUCCAUCUCCCAGCUGAGGUAAAAUCCAUUGGUUCUUCUGCAGAUUCUGUUCUGCCACUCCAAGAACUGGCACUCCGGACUCUACAUUUUGCCUUUCCAAAAGAUUUAAAUGGCAUAACCCACAUCACAUUACCCAGAAGUCUUUUGGAGUUGCUACAGUGCCCUUUGGGACACUGUCAUCGUUGCAGUCAAUCCAUGUUUACUAUUGUCUAUCCAAAGCUCUUUCCGCUUCGAGAGACACCUAUGGCUGGACUUCAAGGGAGAACAGCUGUUAGUUUUGUGGCUUACUGUUGCUCCACCCAGUGUCUGCAGACUUUUGACCUUCUGAGUUGAUAAAUAUUAUUUACUAUCUCCAGUUCUUCUGCCAGACUCUUUCAGACCUCGCCCACUGAGGUUAAAUGACAAAGUGAAGUCAUCGUUCUGAACUUGACAAAAUGGGAUGAGCUGUUUUGGGACACUUCCUGUAUUUGUACAUCUCUUCCCCUCUCAUGCAAUUUACUGAACUUUAAAUAUAAACCCAUAAAGACAAAUUCUCUUGAUAGUGUAUUUAUGACUGGAUUGAUCAAAAUGCCUACAUGGAUGGAGAUAACAGCCAGUGUUUUCUUUUUCCCCCUAAGUUCCUUGCUUUAUUACAAUAUAGGGUCCAACACGUGGGAGAAUAAAGGGAUGUUUGAAUCA